UUUUUAUUUUAGUUAACGAAACGAACGAACCAGCGGCGCGCUAAGAAAUUCAAGAAAUACUAUAGCAAAAUCACUCAUACGAGGCGGAAACAAUUUUGCUGUAGUUCUUUUUUGCUAGCGUGUGUGCCGUCCAAAAAAAGAAGAAAUAAUACAAAACACCUUUAUAAUAAUUUUCUCCCAAACGAGUACCGAAACGAAAUCAAUGAGCAAAGAAUCGUGGGUUUUUUUUGCCCAUUAACGAACAAUUAAACGAACUCUCUUUGUUAUCAGUAUUGCACAAAUAAAUAUAAACCAACCACACAACGAACAACGAAAGUAGUAAAGAGAAUACCAACGAAAAGUGAGAAAGUCAUUGAGUGAAAAAAAGUAAAAGUCCUGCAAUUAGAAAAUUGUGGGGGCCAGAAAGUAAAAUCUAUAUGAAAAUAUAUAAGUAUAUAUUUUGUACAGCCGUGUUUGUCUGUGUCCGAUAAGCCCCUCUCAUCCCAAGCUGAUAAUUUAGCUCUAUAAACGCUCGCAUACGUUUUUUAUACAUAUAUAUGCCCGAGUUAAGUGCUUUAUCAAAACGGAGGCGUAUACGUAAUAUGAAAUUCAAUUGAAGUCAACUUAGAUUUCGAAGAAGUCGCAAACUUUGAUCAAAAACAAGCCAUCAAGGAAGGUUGUCAAUAGCAGCAGCAGCACAACGACGCGGGUGGAGAAGAAGUCCCAGCGCCUGCACCACCACAUAACCUCCUCAUCCUCCAGCUCCUCAACCACCCAGGCUCUGUCCACCUCAUCCGAGAUGAAGGCGGCGGAAAUCAAGCGAGAUCUCACAAACAUCCAGAAGUCCAUGUCGGAAAUCAACGAUCUGGCCAAGGAGCGGAUCACCGGUGGACCUGGAUCCAUUAGCACCACCUCAACCUCGGCGCUCACAGCGCCCAGCACAAUGUCCCAGAUGACGACGACCAGGCUAACGCCCAAACUCACGUCGGCCCAUCCGUCGAUCGACGAUCUCAGGGGUCUCAGCAGCCAGGACAAGAUCACCCAGCUGCAAAAGAAACUUCGCGCCUCGUUCGAGAACCUAGUGGACGACGAUGACAGCAAUGUGAUCGUGACCCACCCGGAUGACGACGACUGCCCGCACAACCACUUUGGCAGCGGCCUCAACCUCAGUCAUCCCGCCGCCGCCCAGCUGAGUGCCAGUGGGCUGAGCGGGUCGAACAAGACCAUCGACACGAUCAAGUUCCAGGAGAAGAGCAUGAAGACCGAGUCCAAGACCAAGGUGGUCACCGAUGGCUUCAGCUCCGAACAGGCCACCAGCAACUCGGCGGAGAUGAAGCGGCUGCAGGCCGGAGAUAUAGACUAUCAGGAAAGCAAGGGCGCGUCGGCGAUGAGAAAUCGGUUGGAGAUGGAUGGUGUCAAGACGGAGGAGAAUGCAGCCGUUAUCAAAGAAGCGCUCUCCCUGCGCACCGGCGACAUCACCCAGCAGGCGAGCAACAAUGUGGCCGCUUCCAGUAUUACAGUGCAGAGCGAGAACUUCUCCGCGGACAAGAAGGCGAUCUCCCAGUCGCAACAGUCGCAGACGAUGACCUCCAACGGUAUAAUUAGCCAGGAGAAGCACGUGUCCUCCGCCUCGCAGGCCAACUACUCGAUGUCCCACAAAGGCGUCUCCAGCACCGGCAGCAGCAUGAUCACCAGCUCCUCCCAGAUGUCCGCGAUGAAUGGCCAGAUGCUGAAGCUUAACGAUCUCAAGCUGGACGACCUCAAGUCCCUGACAGCGGGCAGUGGUCAGCAGGAGAUCGAGCAGACCAUCAACAAGUAUUCCAACAUGCUUACCUCGAUAGUGAGCUCCUUGCAGGAGGACGAGCGAGGUGGUAGUGCCAUAGCCACCCAUGAGGUGGGUGCCAAGAAGUCCCAGUACCUGGAGAAGAUCAACGAGGUUAUCCGGAGGGCCUGGGCGGUGCCCACACAUGGCCACGAGCUGGGCUACUCGCUGUGCAACUCCCUGCGCCAGAGUGGCGGCCUUGAUCUUCUCAUGAAGAACUGCGUCAAGCCCGAUCUUCAGUUCUCCUCCGCCCAACUGCUCGAGCAGUGUCUGACCACCGAGAACCGCAAGCAUGUGGUGGACAAUGGUCUGGAUAAGGUCGUUAAUGUGGCCUGUGUCUGCACCAAGAACUCGAAUAUGGAGCACUCCCGUGUCGGCACUGGCAUCCUGGAACAUCUGUUCAAGCACUCGGAGGGCACUUGCUCGGAUGUGAUAAGGCUAGGAGGUCUGGAUGCCGUACUCUUUGAGUGCCGCACCAGCGAUUUGGAGACCCUGCGUCACUGCGCCAGUGCCCUGGCCAAUCUGUCGCUCUACGGAGGAGCCGAGAACCAGGAGGAGAUGAUACUGCGCAAGGUGCCCAUGUGGCUGUUCCCGUUGGCCUUCCACAACGAUGAUAACAUCAAGUACUACGCCUGUCUGGCCAUUGCCGUGCUGGUGGCCAACAAGGAGAUUGAAGCGGAGGUGCUGAAGUCCGGAUGCUUGGACCUCGUGGAACCCUUUGUCACCUCCCACGAUCCCUCGGCCUUUGCGAGAUCCAAUCUGGCCCAUGCCCACGGGCAGAGCAAACAUUGGCUGAAGAGAUUGGUCCCAGUUCUGAGUUCCAAUCGCGAGGAAGCACGCAAUCUGGCUGCCUUCCAUUUCUGCAUGGAGGCGGGGAUCAAGAGGGAGCAGGGCAACACCGACAUCUUCCGGGAGAUCAAUGCCAUUGAAGCCUUGAAGACGGUGGCCAGUUGCCCCAAUGCCAUUGCCUCCAAGUUUGCCGCUCAGGCCUUGAGAUUAAUCGGAGAGACAGUGCCGCAUAAGCUAUCGCAACAGGUUCCCCUGUGGUCCGUGGAGGAUGUGCAGGAGUGGGUGAAGCAGAUCGGAUUCAAUGACUACAUCGACAAGUUCAACGAGUCCCAGGUGGACGGUGAUCUGCUCCUUAAACUCAACCAGGAUAACCUACGCGCUGACAUUGGCAUUGGUAAUGGAAUUCUGCUGAAGCGUUUCGAACGCGAGUUGCAGAAUCUCAAGCGGAUGGCCGACUACUCAUCGAAGGACACGGCCAAGAUGCACCAGUUUCUCUCGGAGAUCGGCACUGAUUACUGCACCUACACGUAUGCCAUGCUGAAUGCCGGGAUCGAUAAGUGUGCCUUGCCACAUGUUAAUGAGGAUAUGCUGAUGACGGAGUGUGGCAUCCACAAUUCGAUUCAUCGUCUGAGGAUCCUCAAUGCUGUGAAGAACCUGGAGAACUCGCUGCCCAGCUCGUCGGAGGAGAAUAUGGCCAAGACACUGGAUGUCUUUGUUAGCUACCGACGAUCCAAUGGCUCCCAGCUGGCCAGUCUGCUCAAGGUUCACCUGCAGCUGCGUGGCUUCUCCGUGUUCAUCGACGUGGAGCGUCUGGAGGCGGGAAAAUUCGAUAACGGCCUAUUGAACAGUAUUCGGCAGGCAAAGAACUUUGUCUUAGUAUUAACGCCCGAUGCCCUGCAUCGCUGUAUCAACGACGAGGACUGCAAGGAUUGGGUGCAUCGAGAAAUCGUGGCUGCCCUGAACUCCAACUGCAACAUCAUACCGAUCAUGGAUCAGCACUUCGAUUGGCCCGAGGUGGAACGACUGCCGGAGGACAUGCGCAGUGUGGCGCACUUCAACGGGGUUAGUUGGAUCCACGACUACCAGGAUGCAUGCAUCGAUAAGCUCGAAAGAUUUUUGCGCGGCGAAAAGAAUAUCGAUCGCAUUGCGGCGAUGGUGCCCGGCACCCCCGGUUCGGUCUCAUACCAAAGAAUGCACAGCAACGACUCCGACUACCAGAGCGGAGGAGCAGGCGGUGGAUCGGGAGCAGGAACUGGAGGAGGAGGUGGUGGCGCAGGCAGUGUGGUGGAUGGCCUGAUAGCGGCGGCCAAUGGCAGCGGACAAGCUAAUCACCAGGCAAAUAGGUACCGCCAAUCCCCCUCACCAGCCCGCCAAAGGGGCAGCACCUCGCAGCUGAGUGGUUACUCCCGGGCGCCCUCGAAACGCUCCCAGAUCCUGACCCCCUAUCGCACCCAGCAGGCGGCCCUGCUCCACAAAUCGGGCGCGGGUUCCGCGUCCAUGCAAAAUAUGACGCCGUUGGCGUAUCUUCCACCGCGUCGAAGCUCGGCGGCGGGAUUGGGUCAUGGAUCUGGUUCCGGCAUGGGCAGUGGCUAUCGAUCGCACAGCGUGGACGGGUUGCUCGACCAGGCGGGCUCUACGCCUGACCAAAGGAUAGCAGCGGCGGCGGCCAAGGUGACAGCUGGGAGUACAGCCCUAACGAAUGCCAGUUCCACAAGCACUCUGCAACCCGAAGAAGAGGAGGCGGAAGCUCCCUUGGGUGAUUCGGUGACCCGGCGGGACAAGCACACCCUAUCGCCACCGGGGAAUGUCCAGCAGCACAGGAAGUCCCGUAGUCUGGACCACAUCCUUAGCAAACAGACGCUUGCCGAACUGCUGCCCCCGAGUAGCGAACCGGCAGAUGGAACGCAGAGCAUGCAGAAUCUGGCCAUUCCAAUGACCCCGCAACCCCAGCGAAGGGAAACCAGCUCCUCCUCGAAAUCGCCCACACCCGAAAGACAACCACAACCCGCGAGGGAGAGUGAAAGGGUUAGGGAACGCCAGAGUCCCGAUGGUGUGAGUGCGACGGAAAGCGAGCGUGAGGAUCAGCCGGAUGGGUGUCUGCGACGUGGCAAUCAACAGAGGGCUUCGGCCUCGGUCCAUCGCGGAGCCAGUAUGACCAGCAACAAGACCUCCAACUCUUCGCUGGGCUCCAACUACAGUGCCGGGGGAAACAACAAGACGAUCUUCAAUCGAACGAUGAAGAAGGUCCGCUCGCUGAUGAAAAACAACGAACUGGAGGACGAGGAACUGUCGGGCAUCAUUCUGUCCAAGGCCACCUCCCCCAAUGCCGGGCGCAUGAUAUUUUGGUAGUGGAACCACCCACUUAACCCACACUCAACCCCACAAACUCAUCGAAUUUUUGUAAAUAAAAAAAAUACGAAACAGAACACAAUAAAAUAAACGAAUAAAAAAA